CAGACCAGCCAACAAGCCGUCCCAGCAACAUGAAGGUCGCAUUGGUGUUCCUGGCCGUGGCCGUAGCGGCGGUGAUGGCAGACGUCAAGCCCAUCGAGGUCCUGUCACGAGAGGAGGUCCACGACGCGAGCGGCCAGUACUCUCUCACGUACCAGACGGCCAACGGCAUCACGGUGGUGGAGCACGGCGAGCUGAAGCCCACCCCUGACGGCAAGGACCACGUGCUGAUCAAGAGCGGCCAGUACCAGUACACCAGCCCCGAGGGCAAGAUCGUCGACAUCAAGUACAAGGCCGACGAGUUCGGCUACGUCGCCACCGGAGACGCCAUUCCAGUCGCACCCGUCGCCUAA